UUUUUAUUAUCAAUAAUCAGUUGCUAUAUCUAAUAAUGAAGAUGUUUGGUAAAAGGAAGAGGAUGACCGCUUUGCAAAAAGCUGAGAAUAGAUUCCGUAUUCAAAUGGAUCGUACCGUCGGCGGGGAGAUGUACUUGAAAAAAAUACGGAACCGACAUAUUCGUUGUCAUAUGUGUGAAGGGCGUGUUGGUAAACAAUACAUUAAGCACGUCUACGGGCAUCUUGAAGGCAAAAAGCUGUACAAGUGCCCGACGUGCGACGAGGUAUUCAUAGGGGCAUCUUUAUUAGAAAUUUAA